CUCGUUUACGCCGGUCAGAGAGCAGGGCCAAUAAUUUUUAGCCGUGUUUUUGGCGGGAACUGCUCGGUCAAUUACCGAGGGCAACGUGUCCUACACAACACAGUAGUUAUCCUCAGGCUGAGUCCAUAAUUUUGGUAUCGUCGUCGCGUGUGUUUACGUUUUUGCCCAUCAAAACAAUUCGAGAACGAUUGACAAGCAGAGGCGGUGAAUUUUGAAAGUUUACCAACAUUUUCAAAUUCCCUUCAUCAUGGACGACGAGACAUUAACUAGAAUGGCAGCAGAAGCUUUAUUGAAAGAAGCUAAGGAGGCAGAGAGAAGAGCUGACGUUAUGGGGCCCAGUGGAUACGUCAAAAAGAAAGAUAGUAUAAACAAGAGGUUCUUGCAUUCCACACUCAGAAAUGCAAUUCAAUCGAAUAAACACAAAUCCAAAAGUUAUUGUAAUUAUAGUAAUAGAAGGCAAAAUGUUAGUGAUUAUAAAGAUAGCAAAUACCAAAGAGAAGAAAGAAUAAGUGAAAGGAAAGAUAGUAAAUAUAAAACCGAAUCUAAUGUAAAAGAAAGAAGUGAUAGAAAAUACAGUACAAAUGAAAAUGUUGGUCGGGAUAAAGAUUGUCAAUCUAGAAAACCAAGAGACAAACGUGAUUCAUGAACUUAUAUUGCAAAGUAUUGUUGUUCUUAUUUAAGUAAUUAGAUUAAUAGAGUAUAUACUGUUGUUUAAUGAGAUUAAUAUACUUAUUUUUGUACUGAAGAAUUUUAUCUUUUGAUUCCUGAAUAAUAACUGUGAUCUGUUUUUGUAAGUUUACUGUAUCAAUUAUAAUGUUUUAAAAACAUUGAAAAGUUUAAUAAAAAAUUAAUUAUAACAUCUAGGAAAAUGAUUUUUAUUUAUUCUAAUGACAAACUUUCUGUGUACAUAUCAUUAAAAAACAAGGUAAAACAAUACUCAAAAUUUAACAAUUUUAAAAUGGUUGAUUUUCAUUGAAACUUCU